AAGUGUAUGGGAGGAGGCAGCCCAAUUAGGGGACUAUGAAACUGCACAGAAAUAGGUCACAUGGAGGAUGAUAUAUUGUUAAAAUACAUAAAGGAGCAAGUUUCGUUUAUCUUUGGAAUUACACUUGUGCUUUAUGGUGACUUUUUGACACACAGCCCUGGAGCAAUAGUCAGGCAGUUCCUCCUAGGGCUUAGCCUGAGGUUGCUGUUGCCUCACUAGCAAAGACCCCAUGGUUUGCCUGGACACGGAAAGUGCAACUUUGUUGCCAUGUAUCUUGGUUGUUUGGUCCUCUACAGCAUUUAUUGCCUCCUACAUCUUUGCAGUGCUUGAGGGACAUGUGGUACCUUUUGUGCCAUAUAUAAGUGACACUGGCACAUGUAUUCCAGAAAGUGGACUGUUUGGGUUUAUGAUCAGUGUGACUGCUAUGUUAGGUGCUGCAACAAUGUAUGCCAGAUAUAGGAUAAUUCAGGAACAGAAUUCUAGAGGCACGUUUAUGGGCAAUUGGUUCAACUUGGCAUCAUUGCUAAUUGGAAUACUUGGCUGUAUCGGGAUGGGCAUUGUGGCUUCCUUUCAGGAAACCGCUGUUACAACGGUCCAUGAUGUGGGAGCCCUCCUAACAUUCAUCUGUGGUAUCAUGUAUAUUUUCUUACAAUCUAUUAUCUCUUACAAAUCCUGCCCACAGUGGAACAAGAAGGGAACCUGCCAUAUACGAAUGACCAUUUCUGUGGUAUCAAUAAUUGCUUUAUUUCCCAUGAUAAUAUGUGCCUCAUUUGAUGGCAUGAAGAUGUAUCGAUGUGAACUGGGUGUAGAGCCAUCCCCAUAUCACCAGGCAAGCGCCAUCUGUGAGUGGAUUGUAGCUUUUGGAUUUGUUACAUUUUUUUUCACGUUUAUCAGAGAUUUUCAGUCUGUGACUAUAAAAAUUUUGACAGAAAUACAUGAUGAUUUUUGACAAGAGCUCCUACACGUCAGAAGUGACUUCAUCAGUCUGUUUCACUGGUGCCCAAUUUGCACUAUUCUGCUCUGGUCGCAGAAAUAUCUGGUCGACAUUUCCUAGUAUUUUAUGUUUUAUAUUUUUUUCAUCAAUAAAUAAUUUAAGAUUCA